CAUCCUCUGAUCGUGGCCGAAGCUCAGUCGCACCCCAGUGUCCGGCCAGGGUCCGCCGAGCGUGUGCAGCAGCAGUCAGUCGUCCAGUGUUUCCAGUUCAGUGUUCAGUGCAAGACACAGUGUGUGCAUGCAAGACUGUGGACCGUGAUAACACUAUUAAUAGUGCUGGUGAUAAGCAAACAUCUUAAGGGAAAGUAGCAGCGGCAAGCUGUUUAGCUCAGCUGUGGUGAGACUUUUGGAUAAGAACAUGGUGCCGCGAGUGAAAAAGUGCAUAUGGGCCGCACUGUUUGUGCUGGCGUCGGUUGCUGUGGGACAGGUGGUCGGUCAGGGUGAGGGAGCUGGAGCUGCUGCCGUGUGGGCCCCCACGUGGACGGAUACGCUCAAGAAAGAUCUGCUGAAGGGAUACGAUCCAUCGAUUCGGCCUUCGCAGCACUACAACGUCACGACGGUGGAGACGGCAAUCACCAUCACACACGUGGAGAUCAACGAAAUCAAGUCAACCCUAUCGGUGUACGGAUGGAUGAAGUUUAAAUGGAACGAUCCUAAGCUUACGUGGAACCCUGCCAACUACGGAAACCUGAAUGUGGUCCGCUGGGAUCCGACGAUCGUGUGGAGACCGGACGUUGUGCUGUACAACAAUGCGGGCGGCUCGGAUCAGCAUCACUAUGGCGAUACGAACGUGCUGGUGUACAGUGAAGGCAAUGUGCUGUGGGUUCCACCGACCGAGUACCAUGCGUUCUGUGAGCUAAACAUGCGUCUGUGGCCUUUCGACUACCAGAAAUGUAUCCUCAAGCUUGGAUCCUGGACGUUCGACGGAUACAUGCUCAAUCUGACCCUUGGCAGUGAGCCGCAGAUCGAAACGCUGGUCACCAACUCCGAGUGGAAAAUUGUCAAGAUUGGUAUGGAAAGAAACACCCGUUACUACCCGUGCUGUACGGAACCGUACAUCGACAUCACGUACAACGUGACGCUCCAGCGUCAAUCGCAAACGCACCGUGCGAUCGUGAUCGUACCGGCAUUGGUGAUCAUGAUACUGGCCCUCUCCGUUUUCUGGCUUCCGUUGGAAUCGGGCGAGCGGAUCAUUACGAACGGUAUCAUUGCGCUGAUGGUUACGAUCUAUCUGGUUUACUUCGCCCAACAGCUACCGGCCAUUUCGGGCCACACACCGCUGAUUGUAAUAUUCUUCAGCAACACAUUGCUGCUGACCGCGUUCAGCACGAUCAUCUGUGUGGUUGUGCUGAACGUGUCGAAGUCGAAGCAUCAGCGAAGUCUGCCGAACAUGCUGAAACGGUUGGCCGGAUGUGUGGGACCGUUCGUGGGAGUUGGCAAGAAGCACUUUAGCUUCAGCGACAAGGGUAACGUCACGAUCGAGAGCAGCAUGGACCACGAGUGGAGCAAGUUCGGGUUGGUGCUGAACCGUCUGUCGUUUGUUGUGUAUUGCAUUAUUUUCCUCAUUUGUGCUUUCUACAGCUUCUAAGAGUGCGAUCUUUCUUCGAUUCGGAAGGGGGUUUUCGCGCAGGACAAAAAGAAACUACAAUUCCGAUUCAUUGUAACAUUAUAAUCAUGAUCAAUAAACUUGAAAAGCAAAGCUAA